AAUUUACGGGACUAUGCAAACAGGCAACUGAAACCCUACAUAUAUACUGGAUAUCGUAAACAGACUGAUUUCCUUGGAAGCAUCCGAUCGCUAUUUCAUUUGCACAAUGAGUCUUUCAACUGCUGGAGUCACAUUUUUGGAUUACCAAUGAUCAUGCUAUAUGUCUUAGAAGAGUAUAAUUCACCAUCAUCAAAUCCCAUUGCGUAUAUCUAUCUCUUCGGCUGUUUUUGUUUUGCAUUUGGGAGUAGUUUUGGACAUACUUUCUGCUGCUAUGAUCGCUUCACUCGCCAUGCUUCUUUCACCAUCGAUUACAUCGGUCUCACUAUUUUCACUUAUUCGGGUUUAUUCGGAUUCUCAUUCUUGGAAACUAUUAUGCGAAGUGUAAUAAGAGUGAGUUCUUUUGCUUCUCCAGCAUUUCUCAUGUCUUCACCGAUAUUAUACAAGAUUGUCCAAUGUUUCUACGAACCUUCUAUCUAUCCUCAACAUUAUUGUGAUUCAUCUACCAUCUGGCCAAAGCAGUUUAUUUCUUGUAUCACCGCUUGUUUGUUCUAUAUCUCGAGAUUUCCCGAAUGCAUGUAUCCAGGAAAAUUUGACUAUUUCGGCCAUAGCCACAAUGUCUUUCAUAUCGGUGCCUUACUUGGUCUUCAAUACCAAAAAACCGCACUCUUUUAUGAUCUUAAAUUUGUUCAACUGAACAAGCAGACUAGCAGCAUUCCAAUCGAAAUCGCAUUCGUGUGCCUUGUUUUUCUAUUUUUAUCAAUCCUCUUUACUUGUUUUUGCUUCCGACAUCUUUUUAGCUUAAAGCAUAAAGCCCCUGCCUACAAAUCCAAUCUGCUGUGA